AUGCCUCCUAGAGCUACUGGGGAUUCGGCCUGCUCUAAGGAUGGUCCUACCUUGUUUUCCUCGCCAGAGUCUACUGUCGUCUCUGGGGACGUAUGGAAGGAUACGGUCGAAAGUUUCCGCCAGGUUCUAGAGGAGGAAGUGAGCCCCCCGGCCUUCGUGUUCGUAGUCCCACCUGAAGUUGCGACCGCUGUCUCCAGCCUGUUGGAAGAGAUUGGAGCUUGGGAGCAAGCCCGUAUGUUCCCUGUAGAAGGUCUACUGGCCUGUAUGAGUUCGACAACUCCUACGGUGAGAUCGGUAGUCAACGACCAGCUCCUCGAGAAAGAAAAUGACGGUUUGGAGAAGCGUUCGCUGGAGGUGCGUUCUUCCGAAGAUCGUCCUGUGGCUUCGAUUACCUCGCCUAGAAGACGUUCUUCCAAGGAUUUUGACUGGAGCACUGAUCAAGUUCUGCACGAGCUGGUGUUCCUCACCCUGGCUGGGGUGAUGCUUUGA